GUUAGUAGAAACAAAGCCCUAGCUGUUAAAAACAAAAAAGUUACAGCUAAUUACCCCGCCGUUUCGUUUCACGAUUACUCAUUCAUAUAUAGUUGCAAAGGUAUUGUUGGUAAAAGGGUUGAAGAAUAUGGAAGAAGUAACAGAAGCAGUAAGCAAUUUAAACCUGGUUGAUUCUCAGAAGAAGAGUAAUCGCAUUCAAGUUUCUAAUACAAAGAAACCUCUUUUUCUUCUACGUUAAUCUCAAGGUAAUCCCAUUAGUCUGUAUAUGGUUUUAAUGGGUUAAUUUUGUUCUUUCUCUAUUAUUGGAUUUUGGAUGUUUGAAUACAUGGUUGUAGAGGUAUAUGCAGCAGUAUAAUGAAGUGGAGCUUUCAGCUUUGGGAAUGGCAAUAUCAACAGUUGUAUCAAUUGCUGAAAUUCUAAAGAAUAAUGGACUGGCCAUUGAAAAACGUGAAAAUCGCAACUACAGUUGGCGUAAAGGAAGACAUGAGGGGAAGACCUGUUCAAAAGCCAAGGUAUAUGUUUGCGCGCGUGUGGGGAUCUUUUAUUUUGGUUGUGCAUUGUUGAAGUUCAGUUAUGUUUGGCUUUUGGAAUAAAGUGUGACUCAUCCCAUAUCAAAAUUUAGCAUGUUUGUUAUCUUUCCGUCAGUAGAACAAAGACUAGCAUGGCAUUCAGUCGUUAUAUAUAAUCCAUCUUCGAACAUUAGUUAAUGCUAUUCCAUCUAAUGUAUAAUCUUCCAUGUUCUGCAAUUCAUACAAUAACGAUGUUCUUGGCUAUCGGUAUUGCAACUUGUUUCUACCUCUUGUUGAAGUAUGCUGUUAACAAUGUGGAUGCUUAUUUUCAGAUGGAAAUCGUUCUGGGUAAGACAGUGAACUUUGAUGAGUUGAUGCUUGCUGGGCAAAAUGAUGGGAACAAUAUUCAGGAACAGAGUUGAAUACAAAAUUCGUCGUUAAUUUUCUUGGAUUUUAUCAGUUCUAGUUUUCUAGUAGUUUAGAGGCAAAUUUACAACCAUGCAGCUGUUUUUCCACCUAUAUAUUCAUCCUUAUGUUUUUUACAGGCUUUCUUUGUCCAAAGUUCUUCCCACAUCCCUCCUUUCUUUUACUUACAAGAGACAUUUGCCUUUUCUUUCUUUUUUUGUCUAAACUGAAUUUUACAUUGUAUAUUUUUGAGUCGUUGUGGCACCAGUUCAAAUUUUCC